GUAGUUCUUGCAGACUUAUCUUGAGGUAGCAAGGAAACCUUCUGAUAACAUUUUCCGAGACAACACCAAGAAGUAUCUGCUUUACAAGGAGCUCUCUUGAUAGCUGACGAUGGGCAAGGCGGUGACUAUUGGCACAGGUCUUUUCCUGUCGAUUGGAGGUUUCCUCUUUGGUUAUGAUAGUGGUAUUGUUACCUCCACAAUUGGGCAGCCAGAAUUCAUUUCAUACUUUGGAGAACUAGAUUCAUCGACCGAGGGCGGAGUGGUUUCUUCCUUCACUGGCGGUGCGAUCUUAGGAGCACUCACGAUCUCAUGGCUGGCAGAUGGUUUAGGAAGGAAGAAGACCAUUGCGCUCGGAGGUGCCAUAUCUGCCUUUGGGUGUGCACUUCAAGCGGGUGCUGCCAAUGUUGGCAUGCUUAUCGCAGGUCGUGCGAUUGCCGGUAUAGCUGUUGGUAUUCUCUCAGCUCUAGUUCCAAUGUACUGUUCGGAAAUUGCUGAAGCUUCAUAUCGUGGCGCUUUGAGUGGACUUUUACAAUUCAUGCUUUCAUGGGGAUAUUUUGCAGCUCAAUGGAUCGGAUAUGGAUGCAACUAUACCACGUCUAGUUUUCAAUGGCGCUUCCCCUUAGCAUUCCAGGUUGUCCCUGGUCUAUUCCUAGCCAUCGGAACUUGGUUUUUGCAAGAAUCUCCUCGAUGGUUGAUGGAGAAGGAUCGACAAGAAGAAGCGAGAGAGGCUCUUUACAAAUUACACGGCGAUGGUUCAAACGACGAGUACUUGGAACUGGAGUUUGCUGAAAUUCGAGACACAAUCAUUGCAGAAAAGACAGUAGCAGUGAAAUCAUGGUCCGGACUCGUUGCGAAAAAAUCAUGGAGACAUCGACUCAUUCUGGGAUGUGGAAUCCAAGCAUGGGGUCAACUAUCAGGCAUUAACGUUAUCAACUACUACGGAGUCACCAUCUACAGUCUUUUGGGUAUUGACACUCGCACUUCCCUCAUGAUCAUCGGCAUCUCUGGCUCUCUUUCCAUUGUUUACUGUGCACUCGGUUUAUAUUUUUUGGAAAGACUUGGAAGAGUCAAACCAAUGGUUUUCUCGGCCACUGGUUGCGCAUUGGCUCUGUUGGUCAACGCAGUUCUCAGUCAAUACUAUGUUGUCGGCGGACAGCAAUCAACCAAUACCAAUGCAUUACGGGCAAUGGUGGCCAUGAACCUUGUCUUCUCAUUCUUCUAUACAUUCACUGGAAUUAUCAGUUGGGUCUACCCUGCCGAAAUUUUCCCCGUGGAAAUUCGAGCUCGUGGAAAUUCUAUCUCAACCCUGACAAAUUGGUGUCUUGGUCUUCUUCUGGGCCAAACUGGACCAUUAGCACUCGACAAUAUCGGAUUCAAAUUUUUCUACGUCUUUUUUGUGUUUAAUAUUCUUGCAGCAGCAUGCUACUGGAUCUUCUACCCAGAAACCAAGGGCAAAACACUUGAGCAGAUGGACGAACUAUUUGGUGAUCAAUUGGUUCCUCAUGCCUUGGAGGAUCCCACUGGCGCAGAAGCUGCGAGAACUGCAAUGAACGAGAAAGGUGUUUUUGCACAUGAUGAAAAUAUUUCGUGAUUAUUCUAGCCUUUCAAGAAGUCGAAACACAUCAGAGAGAAAAUUAUAUAGUCGCCCAUACGUUCUCACAGCAUAUAAUCAGAAUG